CGAGCGGCAGCAGGCGCACCAAAGGGUUGGGCAGCAGGGCGAGCGCUGCAGCCGCACGCGAUCCCGGAACGCAAGCAGGUGCAGCUGUCCCAAGUUUGGCGUCCUCCUCUUGACACUCGCUGUUGGAGCCAUGCCUGGAGGCGUGGACACGGUGGACCUACCGGCGUGGAACCAAGCUUCGGGCCUGUCCCAGGGCCUCCGCCACAGAAAUGCGAUGGCACAUCUUGAUUCUGAGGUGAAAGAAGACUGUCUGAGGGAAGACUUGAAGUUCUAUUUCAUGAGCCCUUGUGAAAAAUACCGAGCCAGGCACCAGAUUCCAUGGAAACUGGGCUUGCAGAUUUUGAAGAUAGUCAUGGUCACCACGCAGCUUGUUCGUUUUGGUUUGGGGAACCAGCUGGUCGUUGCUUUCAAAGAAGACAACACCAUCGCUUUUAAGCAUUUGUUUUUGAAAGGCUAUUCUGGUGUCGAUGAAGAUGACUACAGUUGCAGUGUAUAUACUCAGGAGGACACCUAUGAAAGCAUCUUUUUCGCUAUUGAUCAGUACCACCAUCUAAAGAACAUCUCCCUGACCACCCUUGAUUAUGGGGAAAAUGAAGACCAUAGGAUUGGCCUGAAGGUCUGUAAGCAGCAUUACAAGAAGGGGAUGGUGCCUUCUGCUAAUGACACACUGAACCUUGACAGUGACAUUGAGACAGACUGUAUCCACUUGGACCUCCAGGUCCUCUCCCAGGAACCUCAGGACUGGAAACAGUCAUCAUUCUUCAGACUGGAUUUUGAUCAGCUCUUACACGUUGAAAUGUCCUUUCAUCUCAAGGGCAUUGAUCUACAGACCAUUCGUUCCCGAGAGCUGCCUGACUGUUACAUCUUUCAAAACAAGAUCACCUUCGACAACAAAGCUCACAGUGGCAAAAUCAGAGUCUAUUUUGAGAGUGAUGCCAAGAUAAGAGAAUGUAAAGAUCUAAACAUAUCUGGAUCCAUUCCAAAGAACACCCAGUAUGUGCUGGCGUUUGAUACAUUUGUCAUUGUAAUUUGCCUGGCGUCUCUCACUCUGUGCACCAGAUCCAUUGUCCUCGCCCUGAGUUUGCGAAAGAGAUUUCUACAGUUCUUCCUGGAGAAGUACAAGCGACAGGUAUGUGAUGCGGACCGGUGGGAGUUCAUCAAUGGAUGGUAUGUCCUGGUGAUUAUCAGCGACCUCAUGACAAUAAUUGGAUCCAUAAUGAAAAUGGAAAUCAAAACAAAGAAUCUCACAAAUUAUGAUCUGUGCAGCAUUUUACUUGGGACAUCUACGCUGCUUGUGUGGGUUGGAGUCAUUCGUUACCUGGGUUAUUUCCAAGCAUAUAAUGUCCUCAUCUUAACAAUGCAAGCCUCGCUACCCAAAGUUCUUCGAUUUUGUGCUUGUGCGGGUAUGAUUUAUCUGGGUUACACAUUCUGUGGCUGGAUUGUCUUAGGCCCCUAUCACGACAAGUUUGAAAAUCUGGACAUAGUUGCUGAGUGCCUCUUUUCUCUGGUCAAUGGUGAUGACAUGUUUGCGACUUUCGCUCAAAUUGAGCAGAAGAGUGUCUUGGUGUGGCUGUUCAGCCGUCUCUAUUUAUAUUCCUUCAUUAGCCUUUUUAUAUAUAUGAUUCUCAGCCUUUUUAUUGCACUUAUUACAGAUUCUUACGACACUAUUAAGAAAUACCAACAGAAUGGGUUUCCUGAAACAGACCUACAGCAAUUCCUGAAAAGGGGUAGCAGUGAAGAGGAGCAGCGGAGAGAGGCCUCGGCCUUCCUGUCGCAUACCUGCUGUUGGAGGAGGAAGUCAAGCGAUGACCACUUGAUACUUAUUAACUAAAGUCCUCCUGCUAAGGACAAUUAAGUUUCAGGUCUCUUCCCAGUGACAAUGCAGAGGGACCCCAUACAGCUUGGACCAGCAGUUCCAAAAAGAUUGCCUUAUUUAAUUGUGGAUUGUAAAAGAGAAGUGACUGUCAGCUGGCUGACUAUAACUGAAGUUCCAAAGCAACUUUUUAAUAAACUUGAAUGAAUAAGAAGAGCUUGAAGGAUUCUACUGAG